CGUGGCGACACAUACUAACUAACAUACUAGUUACAUACAACUUCUUCCUAAACUAUGCCAGUGUGUAGAAAGUAGUCGGGAGUAUCUAUAACUACAUACACGAAAUUAUACUUCUUGAAUCGGUAACGAGUUAUACGGGUGUAUACCAUCAUUUGUAAACUGUACAUGUCACUCGUCAGUUGUGUGUGGUCCGUCCGAUCUAUUCGAAAACAUAAACGAGAAAAAAUAAUUGGUUCAACACGCAUACUCUCUUAUUCGAUAGCUACCACUCACAGGUUCAACCGUAAUAGCUUUAUCCAAAUAUAUAGGUAUAUGGAUAACCACCAGCUCAUUAAUCUCGAGAGGCUUUCACUGUACAUUGCCGAAUACUAAAUCUAUAGGCCGCACUACAGGAGGACAAAUCCCACUCAAUUUUUCGUAGCGAAUAUAGGUAUAUACACUUAUAGAUCUCAAACGCCGGUUUAUACACACAGUAAUCCCUGUAAUACUUUAAGCAACUCGCCAAGUGCCAUAUACAAGGUCACAUAAUGGGGACGGUUGCUAUGUGGUUGGGACGUGAUAAAGAUAGGCUCCUGUCAUUAGUGACGUUGAUAACAGUGUGCUAUAUCGCAUACACAUAUGUAUUUCAAGAUCAACCGCUAUCUCAUAUCGCACGCAUAGACGCAGAGAGGCCAAAUAACAGCCCAAAAGAAGGUCUCAGUUACCGUACUGAUGCCGACAGUGGGAAUGGCGGGGUAGAGCUGUUAAGCACGACUAAGCAUGCAUUGACUGCCGAUGCUAAGCUGGCGAGUGAACGGUUAUCUGAGGAGAGUAGGAGUCAGAGCGGAGGCAAGGACAGCCAAAUCAAAGCCGUUGCGCAUGCGGAUGAAGAGGGGGAACCCGGAAUGAACAGAAAUCUCGGCAACGAUGCCGAGUUAAAUACACAGCAGAGCGCUAUGGUUGUGGAUCAUACCAAGGAUCCGGCGUAUAUCAAAGCACUGUUUGAGCCAACGGUAAUUGCGCAUGGCGAGCAAUUAGACAAGGACUGUGCGACUGAGGUUGACUGGGGGUUGGUCGAGGAUUCGCGGAAGCGGUUGCGGGAGUUGUGCGUACCCCGAAAAGGCGAUACAUAUCUGGAGGAUAAGGAUAUCAUGGGCUCGAUGGAGAAGUCACACAUCCGGUGCACCAGCCCAGGCCAGGGGCAUGCGUUAAAGCCACUGAGAAUGUGUGAGAUGCGCAAUGUGGCGGUCGAUUGGACCAAGAUGGCUCGACCAAUCAGGGCCAAGCCUGAGGAGCCUACGAAAGUCAAUACGGACAUCAGAGACCAGCACCUGCCCUUGGAUUGGAAGACCUCUCCGGCGUUUACUAUGAAGCCAGGUGUGCUGAGUGCCGACUGCGAGUUGGACACGGACCAUGGCAACCAGACCCUGGGGUUACUGGUGGGGCUGGACAAGAAUCAGGGCGGGAAGGCCGCGCAACUAAUCAGAGCUACGUCCCUGAAGGGGAAGAACUUUGUCAAGGCAAACACGUACGAGCUGAGUAUGGGUGAUGUGUGCACAGAGAUCAACACGGUGCCGCACACCCUGAUGACUGUGGCGCGGCGGGAUGACCACUGCCCGUUCUUUGCCUUCUCGGUGCUGUUGAACGCCUUCUGGACCACGCAGGUGUUUAACCUGGACGCUCGCGAGGUUCAGAUUAUGUUCCUGGACAGGGGCCACAAUUCAGACCUUGAACUGCCCUUAAACGAUAUGUGGCAAGCGUUCUUCCCGAAUCACGACAUCUUAUUCGACGGACGGCAUGUGGAGGACAAAGAGAGGCCCGGUAUUUCCUGUUACAAGCACCUGAUCUCGCUCCCCUCAGAGUAUGAGGGCCCCAUUAUGAAUCACCUGUCCAACGGCCAGAAGUGCAAGGACAGUAACCUGGUCAAGGAUUUCAGGACCGCCAUGCUGAAGACCAUGCAGAUUAAAGACCCGAGGGAGACGACGGAGCGCAAGAAGCUGUCGUUCAUUGUGCGCAGAGAUGUGGUUGGCGACGAAAGUACCGGCAAAAGCGAGCGCAAGGUGUUUCGCAAGUUUGCCAACGAAGUAGCUGUGAUAGCCGCACUAGAGCAGCAUGCACAAAAGCAUGCGUAUGAUUUGUCCGUAGUCGACCUGGCGGAUAUACCCCUGGCUGAGCAAGCACGCAUGUUUCACGACGCAGAUGUGGUGAUAGCGUUCCACGGAGCCGGGCUGGUCCAAACCUUGUUUAUGGGUGCAGGGCAGACCCUGAUUGAGAUUAUGGAGCAGCCCAGACAUAGGUAUAGUUUCCAAGCGAUAUGUGGGUAUGUCGGAGCGGGUUAUCGUAUACUGCGAACUUCGGGGGCAAUUGAUGUACAGGAAUAUACGGUUGACCCUGAUAUGCUCCUGGAGGAGAUUGACAAGGUUAUGUAUCCGGUACCCAAAAAGUACAGGUUGCUGUAGAUAGACCUAAAUAUAUAUAGAUAUAUUUACAUAUGCACACUACGCUACAAUAAAUUAAAGUAAAAUAUACCGCUCCCU